AUGGACUUCGCAGCUCAGAAAAUGGAUUUGAAGAUUUUGUCGAAAGCUGAAAUCGUUGGCGUUAUAACCCCAAAUGAAAGGGCAAGGCGUCAUGCUCUAAUGGAGGAGAACAAGCAUAGCUUAAGCGUUCUUAAAAGACCAAAAAUUGACCGGUCAAUGACCAAAGCUGAAAUUAGUGAUGCUGAACAAGAAGCCUACUUGUCCUGGCGCCGAAACCUCGCAAGAUUAGAACAACUGGACGGCAUUGUUAUUACACCAUAUGAACGUAACCUCGAAUUUUGGCGCCAGCUCUGGCAAGUCAUCGAGCGGAGUGAUGUCCUUAUUCAAGUUAUAGAUGCGCGACAACCACUGCUGUUCUUUUCCACUUGUCUUAAUGAUUACAUAAAGGAGGUCGACAGUCGCAAGACAACUCUCGUUCUCAUUAACAAAUCUGAUCUCCUGUCGCAUGAACAACGACGUCUCUGGGCCUCGUAUUUCAAUUCUAUUGGAACUCGCGUUCUAUUUUUCUCUGCUCUAAAUGCGCAACAGCAACAGGCUUCCGGCGCUCUUGUGGAGGAGCAACAUUUACCCCAGGUACCUGAAAAGGAUGAAGACGAAGUGAAAGAAAAAUGUGAGGCUCUGACUCUUGCUGAAAUGUGCGAAGAUUUCGACGACGUCUCAGCAUCAGAUCAUUCGACGCUGUGUGAUGAUUCUGUGGAUGAGGACGCAGAAGAAGCCAGUACAGAUGAAAAAUGGUCCUCUUGUGUCGCAGAUCAGGUUGCAAGUUCGACAUCUAAUUCUUGCAAAAUACUGUCAGUAGAUGAGCUGGUGGCGGAAUUGGCUAAUUCGGGAACAAGGCGUGAGGGCUGCCGUUACUUGACAGUCGGAUUUCUUGGCUAUCCCAACGUGGGCAAAUCGAGUACCCUCAACGCUCUCUGUGGCGCCAAGAAGACCUCCGUUUCAGCAACGCCAGGCAAAACGAAGCACUUUCAGACAUUGUUUCUGAGACCGGAUCUGCAGCUGUGCGACUGCCCAGGCAUGGUGAUGCCCUCGUUUGCAUACACCCAGGAGGAUCUCGUUGUUGCUGGCAUCCUACCAGUCGACAAAAUGCACGACUGCAUAUCGCCUAUUCGCGUUAUUUGUGAGCAAAUCCCGCGAGAGGUCUUCUCCGCUCUCUACGGUAUCACAAUUCGUCCGCCCAGGGAGCACGAAGAUCCUAAUCGACCCCCGACUCCCCACGAGUUGCUUGCUGCCUAUGCGUGUAUGCGGGGUUUCAUGGCUGCAAAAGGCAACCCUCAUUAUGACCGGGCCGCUCGUAUUAUACUCAAAGACUAUAUCAAGGGACGCCUGCGAUACUGCCACCCUCCCCCGGGUGUCUCCGCCUCCGACUUCCAGGCCUUGGGUGUCGCCGAACAAGGGGACGCCGAAGUGGACCCCCUCUCCGCCUACGUCGCUCCCACCGAGUUGCACAAAUUGCGGCAGCAACGAAAACGACAAAAUCCAGCUUCCGGCGUCGAUUCCAACAAGACUAGCGAAAAACCGUUCAAGGACAGCGAUAUCCUGACCGACUUUGACCGGAUCGCUUUGUCUUCCACGCAGCAAAAACGUUCUGGAGCGCAUCCCCUGGUCCGCUCCAACAAGAAACUUCUUGCUGUGGUUCGUGAUGGGGACGAGUUUGACGAUGGGGCUUCCCAGUUCUCCACGUCCUCUUGGUCCACUGUUGCCUCAACCAUGAGUGUUGGUGGUGCCAGUCUCCUCUCGGGAGUUUCCUACACAACCAACGGAAGCGCCAUGACGAGUGACCUAAAGAAGCCCUGGCGUCAGCUCUCGGCUAUCAAAAAGGCCAACAGGGAAGCAGGAGCGAAGCGCAAGAAGGAAAAGUUACGACGAGUCUAUGCAGAUCUUGACCGCCACGAAGUAGAAUGA